AUACAUUAUAUAACGUGUGCUGAGCAGAGGUGGUGAGAGUUUUUUGAAGAUCUGUUCUUGCCUAAGCAAGAACUCUUUAGCGAAGACUGUGGACAGACCUAAAGGAAAUCUCACACACAAUGGCAACUGUGGGGAAGGUGAUUAAAUGCAAGGCAGCAAUAAUCUGGGAAGCUGGGAAAGCACCUUCCAUUGAGGAGGUGGAGGUGGCACCACCAAGAAGCCAUGAAGUUCGAGUGAAGAUAGUGGCCACUGGGAUCUGCCGGACUGAUGACCAUGUAGUGAAAGGCUUUUUUCCUGAUAUAAACUACCCAGUCAUUGCAGGCCAUGAAGGAGCAGGAAUUGUUGAAAGUGUUGGACCAGGAGUCACUUAUGUAAAACCGGGUGACAAAAUCAUCCCUCUUUCCUUUCCCCAGUGUGGAGAAUGCACUUGCUGCUUGAGUCCCAAAACUAACUUUUGCCUCAAGACCCACAUGAAACAUCCUCAAAACCUGAUGCCAGACAAAACCAGCAGGUUCACCUGUAGAGGAAAACAGAUUUACCACUUUCUGUGGACAAGCACCUUCUCCGAAUACACAGUUAUCCCUGAUAUUUCCAUUGCCAAAAUAGACAAGAAUGCUCCUCUAGAUAAAGUCUGCCUCUUUGGGUGUGGAUUUCCUACUGGUUAUGGUGCCGCUAUCAAUACUGCCAAGGUGGAGCCUGGUUCCUCUUGCGCCAUCUUUGGUUUGGGAGGUGUUGGUCUGUCCAUCAUCAUGGGUUGCAAAACAGCUGGAGCAUCCAGGAUCAUUGGAGUUGACAUCAACAAAGACAAAUUCACCAAGGCCAGAGAGUUGGGAGCUACUGAAUGCAUCUCUCCUGAAGAUUUCAAGAAGCCCAUUAAUGAGGUGCUGGCAGAGAUGACUGGGCUUGGUGUGGACUAUGCUUUUGAAGCAAUCGGACAUACUGACACUGAGGCUGCUGCUUUUCUGUCCUGUCACUUGGGGCAUGGAGUCUGUGUCCUGGUUGGAGAUCCUCCUGCAGGAGCCAAGCUCUCUAUCAUUCCCUUUCAGCUCAUGUCAGGGAGGAAACUGAUAGGCUGUUUUCUUGGAGGCUGGAAGCUGAGAGAUGCUAUCCCUAAACUGGUUUCUGAUUACAUGGAGAAAAAAAUAAAUAUAGACGUAUUAAUAACUCAUGUGUUGCCUUUUGAGAAAAUUGAUGAAGGCUUUCAGCUUCUAUGCAGUGGUAAAAGUAUUCGCAGUGUCCUGUUAUAUUAACGCAUCCACCCCAUUCUAUGAAUCCUUUGCACACCUGACCAAAUUCACCAGAAUUUCAGUGAAUGCUAACGUGUUGAAACUAAGAUUACAAAACUAAUCACAUUGCUGUGACUUCUUUUUCUUCUAAAACUUUUUAUUGAAUUUUUUUUACCUACAAACAUUAUAAAUUAAGUAUAUCAAACAAUAAACACAUAAACUGAAACAUAAUCACAUUACUAUAAGAAAAUUAAGUGUUGAAGCUUUUAUGCACAUAGUUACACUCACCUUAAAAAAAAUUAUUUCCAGCUUUUACCUCACUGACAUCUCUCAAAUAUUAAAAUUUAUCUUUCACUUAAUAAAAUGUAGAAAUACGACUGACAUCACUGUUUUACUUUCAAAAUAAAAAGUUUUCCAGACCCAUAAA